ACGCAGCAGCGGGUCAGCAAGUAGUGUAGCUAGUGUUUUCUAAUUGAACUUCGCCCAAUCAACAAUAACUCGUUAGCGGUUGCUUGCUUUUUCUUGUUCCUUGAGACAGCUUAUUCCUUGCAGGGAAUCGCCCCCAGCCAGUACAGUUAUACUUUCUAAAGAACUUCAUGGAACUUCGCAGAGGAACUGUCUCUCUCUGCAAGGAAAUACGAUUUGGUUGCCUGUGAAACUGCAACCUACGCCCGAACCAUGGUUAUUUUGGAGAAAACAUUUCAGAAAAGUGUAGUUGCAUAAUUCGACUGAAAGUGAUAAAAAGUGGGCUGCGAAGAAGACGACACUUGAAGGACACACUUGUGGACGUUUAAACGACAAUUUGAAUGAAAUAAUCAGCCUUUGUCAGCAGUAAUUCCUUGGGACUGCAAUGACCUCCAGUAAAGACAUGAAGGCAGGCUCCGUGUUGCAGUCCAGCGGUGAGGAGAGGAGACGGGGUCCCUUGGACCAGCUUCCACCCCCGGCCAACUCAAACAAGCCUCUGACGCCGUUCAGUAUUGAGGAUAUCCUAAGCAAACCCUCGGUGAAGAAGUCAGUUGCAAAUCUCUGUCCGCCGAGAGUUAUUGAAAAAGUGUCCGGCUCAAAUGCAGCAAGGAACGGUAUUAGCACUCCCUCUUCGCCGUUAUGCGCUCUGGAGGAACUAGCCAGCAAAACAUUUAAAGGUCUGGAAGUCAGCGUUAUACAAGCAGCUGAAGGUCGUGAGCAUGUAAACGCCUUUGGACAGAGGCAAACCUCAAAAAAGAGGAGAAAGUCCCGGACAGCUUUCACCAACCAUCAGAUAUAUGAACUUGAGAAGCGCUUUUUGUACCAGAAAUACCUGUCUCCGGCCGAUCGAGACCAGAUAGCUCAGCAACUGGGGCUAACCAACGCUCAGGUCAUCACCUGGUUUCAGAACAGACGGGCCAAGCUCAAGAGAGACUUGGAAGAGAUGAAAGCAGACGUGGAGUCGCUCAAAAAAGUCCCACCACAAACCCUGCAAAAGCUAGUCAACAUGGAAGACAUUGACGACCUGCAAGGAAGCUCUGGAGCAAUAUCCCCUAGCAUCUCCCCGUCGUCACAAGGACACCGAGCAUUUCCUCAGUCCCCCUCCUCAUCCAGAGACCAAACCACGGACGAAUUCUCAGAGGAGGACGAAGAGAUUGAGGUGGACGAUUGACAGUAGGCCCAUGUUUUAAGAAAGCGCAUUUUUCAAAACUUUUGCACGGAUAUUGACGUUGAUAGCAGUUAAACUUAAAAGGAAAGUUUACUUUCUCCUCUUCUCCAUUUACAUUUAAUUAUUUGGACUGUAAAGCCUUCUAGAUGUCCCCGUUUCAAUUUCACCAAAUUAUUUGAGGAAUACAUAUUUAUUUCAAUAGGUAAUGAAACAUACUUAGUGUUAAAGUACACGAUCAAGACUGCAAAGUGUGUGUUUUUUUCUCGAUGUAUCUUUUUUUGGGGGGGUGCAAUUUUUUAACAAUUCAUCCGUUUUCAGCUGCUAAAGGACAUUAAAGAUGUUCAACUCGAAUGUCCCCAAGUUCAGACCCAAUUGCAAUUUUUAAAAUGCCCAUGUAAGGGGAGUGUAGGUUAAAUCUUGAUGUACAUUUUAUUAAAAAAAAAAAAAAAAAGUGUUUCCAAGCAAUAGCAGUCAUGUAAAAAUCCAUUAUCAAUAUCCAGUUAAACAUAUGCCAAAACUUUUACACGCUAUACGUUCUGUAUAUAAAUUAAAUAACGAAUGCCUAAUUUUAUUGUACCAUUCUAGUUAAUCAACAUUAUGUAAAUAAAGGGUAUGAUAUUUCAUGAUAUUAUCUGCAAUUA